AUGGAGACUUGGUGCCUGCCUAGAACCCAAAUCCCCGAUCGCCUCUACCGAGUGCAGCGUGACAAUUCAACCACACAAGAUAUUGAGAUGGGUCUACAAGCCGCAGACGACUCAGUCUUCAUGACCGACAACGAUGAAUUUGCAGAAUUUGUUCAGUGGCACAUCAACAAUGAUCAAGAAAUCGAAAGCAUGCUCAUCUCAACGUUCGCCAGCCUCGCCCAGGCCAAGGACUGGAUGAGUCGGAAAUGGCGCACGUUCGAGGACGGCGCUCAAGUCCUGGAAAUCGAUACCAGGCACCUCGGCCAUGGUUACGUCUUCCGCGCUAUCAGCAUCGUCAACGAGAACGCCUUGGAUACCUCUGAAACGACCACCGACGAUCUUCACAAUGAGUACCUGAUCCUACAUCGUGUUCCUGCUCGCGCUAUCGUCGCUCGGCGGGCCGGAAUGUCCACCACACGCGCGGAAGCGACCUUGGUGCAGUCCCCUCGGGCUAGCAUCAGCAGCAGCUCAGAUGUCCCGAGCGGCAGAGCGAUCAUUACCCCGGCGCCGGCCCCUGCUGAGAGCGUGUUUGGCUCUGCCCGGACACCUUCGAGUGGAUUGUCCUCGCGAAAGGACUCAAUUUCUUCAAUCGCCGUCGUUUCUGGUUCGACUUCUUCUCAGGCCAGAACCCCUGGGGAUAGGACUCCGCGUAGUGCAUCUGGAGAAGACGCGUCAGCAACACCCAUGACUUCGCGUCGUUCGUCCCACGCCCACGGGCCCUAG